CGCCGUAGACCCGCCCCCGGCCCAUGAUUGGCAGGUAAUGGCGGCGGUGAGGAGACGCGGCUGAGGGUAGGAGGGAAGGAAAAGCUGAUCGAUCGCCCGAGUCGCCACCGCCGCUUCUCUCUCUCUCUCCGCCUACGGGGCUCCGGCCGCCGGCAUGUCGGCCACGGCUCGCCGAAAGCAGGAGGAGAAGCACCUGAGGCUGGUGCGCGAGCUGGGCGCGCGGACGUACAACCGGCAAUGUUUCGAGUGCGAGCAGCGCGGGCCCACCUACAUCGACAUCACGGUCGGCAGCUUCGUGUGUACCUCCUGUUCGGGGAUCCUGAGAGGCCUCAAUCCCCCUCACCGAGUGAAGUCCAUCUCCAUGACAACCUUUACUGAACAGGAAAUUGAAUUCCUUCAGUUGCAUGGCAAUGAGGCCCAGAGUACAGGAGGCCAUUCAAAUCUUCUGGAUACUGAAAGACUAUUUAGAGUGGACGUUGAGAUGGACAUGGAGUGGAUGUUUCCAUCAGUAUGUAGGCAGAUCUGGCUGGGCCUGUUCGACUCCAGAUCAACAGUUAUCCCGGAUUACAGGGAUCCUCAAAAAAUCAAGGAAUUCCUGCAGGAUAAAUAUGAGAAGAAAAGAUGGUAUGUUUCUCCAGAGCGCGUAAAGGUGUCUGCAGCCACAUCAGCCACCACCUCACUCAGCAGCAGGAGCAGCACGCCUGACAUUAAGCCACUGAAGAGUCUGGUGGGAGAAUCAACUCCAGCCCUGAACAUUACCAAAACCGUCGGCAGUCAGCCUGUGAGUCAGCCACAGAUGCAGCAGCCACAGCAGCAGCAAGCAAAGAAGUCACAGCUGGAUCUUCUGGCCGAUAUUGGGGGUGACCCUUUUGCCACCCCUGCACCCCAGCAGGCUUUUGGAGCUUUUCCUGGCUUUGGAGUCCAGCAAACUGUGCAUACUGGUUUUCCGGCCUUCAAUGCAUUCGGUGGCAGUGGAGCUACAACUAACGUCGGAAGUUUCCCUUCAGCCAACCAAGCCCCGUUCCAGGCCCAGUCUACAACAGGUGGUUCGAGCGGCGCUAACUUUGCAAACUUUGAUACCUUCCCAAAAUCUUCCAGCACUAGUUUUGGAGCGUUCACUAGCCCUCCCGUCUCCUCUGUGCCCGCAAGUUCAACGGCUGUCAGCUCCGGUAAAAAUGCCACUUCGCAAGCCGACAAAUACGCAGCGUUGGCAGAUUUAGAAAGCAUCUUUAAUGCCCCUAAAUCCACUCCAGGUGGUCAGAUGUCCAGCUUCAGUUUCACCUCUUCAGUCUCAACCGGCCAACCUACAGUCUCAUCGAGCCAAUAUGCAGGAGCCGAGUAUAGUAGCGUCUUCAGUAUUGGAGUGCCUUCAAGUCAUGCCAGUGCUGCCACUAGCAGUAUCUCCGGGACUGGAAGCCAAGUGCCUACACAGCAAUCCACACCAAGCAGUGCAUCCAGCUUUGGAGCUUUCAGUAAUCCAUUUGCUGCUCCUGUCGCACCGCAAGCAGCUUCUACCAAUCCCUUCCAGACCAAUGGGAUGGCGCCAGUGUACGGUGGAGUGCCGGCUGGGUAUGCGUCGGUCCCAGCCACCUCGGUCCCUGGGAGCUUUGCAGGAUUUCAGCAGCACCCGUUCCAGCAGCAGCAGCCCCAGCAGCAGCCGCAGGUCUUUGCUCAGCACGAGCAGCCAUUCGCAGCCCAGCAGGGAUUUGGCCAGCAGCAGCAUGCGUUUGUCCAGCAGCAUCCCUUCCUGCAGCAGCAAGCCUUCAGCCAGCAACAGAAUGGAUCUGGAUUUGGUGCCUUCGGGCAGCCCAAAGUAAUGGCGCGACCAAUGGGGCCGUUGAUUCAAGGAGGUGGAGCGCCUAGCAACCCAUUCAUGAGCGGAGCCCCACCUGGACAGUUUGCAGCAGGAAGUGCAUCCACCAACCCCUUCUUAUAGUGACCUGUAGUACUUCCAGCAUGUGGCUCUUCCAGAAUCGCCUUAAACCACAGGAGUCAACCAACAGCUGUAACAUACGCGAUGCCAGUACACACACGUUUCUAUACUUCGGUGGUGGGUGGGAGGGGAGGAAGAACCUGAGGGUGGAAACGGAGGUGUUGAAAUAUUUCUAUAUCAUAGCCGUUCGAUGUAUUAGCAACCAAAUACCAACGCAGGCUAUCUCGGGUCUCUUGACGCAGCUCUGGACACUCGAGGGAAAGGGGCGGGGAGGGGGGGAGAGUGGAGAGCCAAGAUAGUUGCAAGCUGCAUCUCACUCAGGCACCAUCUAUGCAGGGGAGAUUUUCACAUUGCAGGCAGAUGAGGCAGUGGAAGGGUUAAGUAGCCAUGGGGUGGAUGAUGAGAAAAAUCUCUGCACUCAACUCAGGCUGGGUCAUGUAAGCCUUCAUCCCAGUGACAUUUCGUCCUUUAUUUUAGCACAUAUGUUAAUACCAGGCCAUUACCCCCCCCCCCCCCCCCCCCCCCCCGAGACACCAGUACUGCACAACCUGUGCUUGACACUCCCAUACACCCGUGCAAAUAGAGCCAGUUUUUGGGUAGGCUGGGGGUGGAGAGGACCCUUUCAAAAGUGGGACAGGGUAGCUCUUUGACAAUCCAUUCUUGAAGCUGGGCAAAUCACUUCUCAGAAUCCUCAGACGGCAUUCUUCCAAGGAACUGGAACCUCUCACUCAUAAGUGAGCAAUGGGGAGGGUGCCUGGCCGGCGGUUCGUAGGAGAGGUACUCGCUCUCUACUUUAAAGCUGAGGGAAUAUACCAGCCUUCUUGAAUCUGCUGCAAUAAUGACAUGAUCUCUCAUGGUUGCAGAAGCAGGGACCUUGCCUGACCCCUCUGCUGAUUUGGUCCCCAGUGAGGGGGACAGGCAGGCUGUCACACCCUUUGCCUGCCCUCACCCCUUUUCCAUCCCCACUCCCCAAACAGAUCCCUCAGAUAUUUAAUCCCACCUCCCCUCCUUCCCUUUGCAUCAUUACUUUUCCCCAGGGCCACUCUCUUCCCUUCAGUGUGGGCUGCUGUAUUAGAAUCUCGGGCAUGUUUCUGUGUCUUUUUAUUUUUUAAAAUUGUUACACCAAUUCUGCUGUGUUCUACUGUUCAUUCAAAAUAUAUAUUUUGUUCAUCAAUCGA